GAAGGAACACUUUUUUCGUGGCGAGGGGUAUAGAUGCCAGGUGACCAGUCCGGCGGUGUGGCACGCGAUUUGGUCAAAUGAUAUGUCCAAGUGUCCUGCACAUUUGGCUUCUGCCGUGCAGGCCUUGCAGAGUCUCCCUCUAGGUCAUCCCUCUUUUCAAUGGCCACCUCUUCGUUUUCCCGAUGACGUCGUUCCGCCGCCCCCGUCGACCGCUGCCCCCUCGCAAGUGGCGCCAUCUCCAUGUGCACCACUUGCUCCCCUCCCCCCUCGUCCGCUUCGUCAGACGAUUCCCGCAUCCGUUGAUGGCAGACCAUCUGUGGCAACGCAGCCUGAUGCGCAAGGCACCGUGCCAGUUUCAGGUGUCGUGGAACCUGUGCCGUUCCACGAGCAAGGCACUCGUGCUUUCGUCGAGGGYGGUGGGUGGGGGAAGGACGCUGGCACAUCAUCAGGCCUCGCCCCGUUGUUCACUGGCAACAGGGACAAGGUCCCAAGAGUUCGACGCGCAGACACACGUCCGGCCGUGGCAGGAACACCCGCAACAGGACAUCAAUCCGCUGCGUAUCCGUGGUUGCCUCCCCCUCCUUCGCAAACACGACGGCCUACACUAGACUUGACUUCGGCACCUGUUGGCGAGGCCGCUGCAACGGCCACUGAGGGUGCGGGAAACGUCCAGCUCGACGAGCCCGUCCAGGUUUCGGAUUCGUCGCCCACUCCUGUGCCCGUGAACGGCUCGACCUCGCAGCACGGUGUUUUUGGGACACUAGAUCCUUUACAGAAUCUGCGCAACAUUGCAGCUCCGAGUCCAGGCCCCACCGCAUCACCUGCGGCCGGGGGCGGGGUGUGGGAUUCGCUAGGUAUGGGCGCCGGUGCACGAGUGAGGGGCACUUACAGGCAGCAGGCGGUGACCUCGUAUUACAACGACCCGCUGGAGCACGCAUGGCACCUGCAGAUCAUGCGAUUCAUUGUCGAGAGCGGCAUGUCGUUCAAUUGUGUGAAGCUUGAGAGCUUCAAACGCAUGUUGACGUUGAUCAUCCCGCCUGGGGUUCCAAGAGUCCCCACAUCCCAAAACCCCCAACCUCCGAUGGGGCCUUCCGCAGCAGUCCCAGAAUCGCAACAGGGUCCAGCACCGUUGAUGCGUCAUCCCGAGGUUCAGGGAGAGAUCAGUCCUCUCCCGGCAGUGCGGGACGAGGGUUCUGUCUGUGCACUGCAUCCACUCACGUCUGCCGGAGCGGCAGUCUCAGUUGUAGCGACCUCGGAUGUGGGACAACCACUGGCAGCGGCGGAGCAAGAAAGUAUGCUCCCACCUCGCAGUGUUCAACCGCGGCCACCGCCUGCAUUGAUGGAGGGGAGUCAGGGGACCGUUGUUGUGUGUCAAGGCGACGAUCUCCCGGAACGUGAUAUCUCACACACUCCCGCAGCCGAGCAGAGCGCCGCAGACCAUGUUGGCCUCGCAUGCCCCACCGGCAGUCUUCCGGGUACCGGCGAGUUACUGACCAUGGACUCUACGCUCGUUUCUCUACCGGACUUGUCGACGUUGAUAUCCCCAGGUCUACCCCAUGUGUCACCGCCCAAGCCACAACAACAUGUUGUCAUGGAGCGUGGAUCGGACGGGUUUGACGUGGCAGGAGGCGAUAUCGCCGAUAUGAUUACGAGCCCAAUGGUGUCUGCCACGCCCACAAUUUUUSGUGUUGGCAAACUACGCGAGGUGGCCCUUGGUUUGGCGGAGACGGCGACGCGACACCGCCGCGACGGUCAGCGCAGCAUCGCACAACGCAGUCUUUCUCAUUCGUUUGACGGUGCAGAGGAAGGGUCUCCUGGUGGGCCAGUUGACACACUCGAAAGAGAAGCAAGACCCCCAAGUCCACCGUCAAACUCAGAGCAUCAUCCGAUUGUUGCGGAUGUCGGCGCAGAUGCGGGCAUUCCCGUCACAAACAGUGGCGCGGACGCGACAGAACAGCUUGUGGUUGGGUCAUCGGCGACAGCACGGCGCGACAGAGCCACUGUUUUGCCGACAGUGGCAUUCUAUGCCAGCGGGAAGAGUAUUGGGGGGAUGGAUGAGCAGGGAGUCCGGAAUGUUGGCAGGCCAUCUGCACCGUCUAUGGGGAAACGAUCCAUUGGGAGUGUGGAUGGUGCUGGGCACACCGCCAUGGCAGAGUUUGAGGACCGACACGGGAGUGCUUUGCCGACGAAGACGUCUGAUGUCCAUGCUACGAGAGCCGCAAAGGCGAGUCUUUCUCGGGCAAGGAAGAAGGCCUCCACAAGGAAGGCGUCACGUUCAUCCUCACAUAUGUGUUCUCGAGAGAGAGGAUCGGGCGUUGUGCAUCUCGAGGACGGAGAGAUUGCACCUGACGGUGACGCAUUGGAUGUUGGAGGGAGGGAUGCAACGACGGCGGAUAUCGUCGGCAGGGAGGGCACAGGGAAUGCAGUGGUAGGUCAGAAGAGACGCGGCAGUGUACUUAUCGUCCACGACGACAGCACAAAUGUCGCCCCGGGAGAGACCACAGRCACUGAUGAUGCAGGGGACUCCGAUUACGUACCCAAACCACGGGCGGCAGAUGGAGAUGAUGGAGGAGGGCGACGAGUGAGACCGAGGACACGACUUGGGCCGCAAGGGCAGCGAGCACAGGGCACACCAUCGGUGAUGAUUCCUUCCCCCAUAGAUCGACGAGCUCAGGCGCAGCGGUUGCUGCGCAAAAUGGAGGCCACUCUUCAACAGACGCACGGAGGCAGGACUGCAUGGCCUGAUGGUGACAGGCUCCAACAAGGCCCGCGAUGUGGGAGGAGGUUGGGCAAACACGUCACACGAGAGACAAAGGAGCGAUCUGCGUGGGGGCGGAAAGAGGAGUGGAAGACAACCUGGGGCGGCGACGACGGAGUGGAGGGGAGCAAGCAGCUCAUCGGCAGGGGGAAGAGAGGACCGCCGGCCGUGUCAGUGCCACCUGACGUGAUGACCGUGAGCUUCGAUAUCGACAAAACGGGAAACCCGUUGCACGGAGGUGGAGAUAGGAGAGGAGCGAAGAAAAGGGCACGACCUGGGGUGAGGGAGAACAAGCACACCCCGGAAUGGGAGAAGACGGGAACGCCAGCUGCGCUGCCAUCGCCCGACGCGCACGAUGAAGGGACGAGAAGACCACAGCGGACACAAGGACUUGCCCCGAGGGGGCGCGCCGUGGCGCCUCCACACCCCCUUGUCUGUCCUACCCGCCAUCAAACACCGUGACCCCUUCCUUGCCCACCCUACCCCAUCCCCCCCCCCGAUCUCCCCUGCCCUGCAAUUGAAUGCCAACAGCACUCCGAGUCAAACCGUUCUUGCCGAAACAAUCUUUAACUACACCCUCACCUAACCCCGACUGAACCUGCUUUCGUCAGAAAAAGAAAAAGUUGAACAUAUGAUUGUCCUCAUGCUGAGGACAGAAAUACCUAUACAAAUACAGGGGUCUACUGAUAAGACACGACACCUCUAAUUAGCCCAAAGGUGAUCUACAAAAAUACACAAGCACAUAAGGAGGAACAAACACUCCCCCACAAC